AUGUCCGAAGCCGAGGCAGUGAUCCGCAAUCAGUCCGGCUAUAUCAACCACACGGCCAAGAAGGACUACGGGCCCUUGGAGUUUACCGGGAGAAUUGCUGGGGGACUGAGGCUGGACUUGCGUAGGCGGCUGCCGCUUUACGCGAGCGACUGGACGGAUGCGUUCAAGGCGGAGAACUUCCAAAAGUCUUUGUCGUCCAUUCUCUACCUCUUUAUCGCAGCCUUGGCGCCCGCCAUCACCUUCGGAAGCCGCUUCUUGGACGGCACCAACGGCCAGUUUGGAGUGCUGGAAAUGAUUAUGUCGACAGCUGUCUCUGGCGUGAUCUUCUCCACCUUCGCAGGGCAGCCCUUGUCCAUCCUCGGAGCGACCGGUCCAUUCCUGGCGUACACCCUUGUGGUGUAUGACAUGGCGGUGGGUGCCGAUGUAGAGUUCAUGCCCUUCUACUUCUGGGUUUGCAUGUGGUGUUCGCUCUUCACCAUUUUGGUCGCGGUCUUCGACCUCUGUGCUCUCAUGAAGCAUGUGACCAUGUUCUCGGAAGACAUCUUCGCGGGGCUUAUUUCUUUGAUCUUUAUCAUCGACGGAGUUAGGCCUAUCAUCGAGAACUUCUCGGAGAACAAGAUGAGCCUGACCAGUGCCAUGUUCGAGGCCCUGCUCUUCAUGUACACUUUUGGUUUGGCGACCUACCUGUCCCACUUCCGCCGCACGCCUUGGCUGCUCCGGCCCAUCCGCAACCUCAUGGCCAACUUCGCAGUGACCAUCUCCCUGGUCACGGCUUCGGCCCUGGCAGCGAUCUAUUCCAGCGACACGAACCUGAGGAUGCUGAGCGUCGACGCGGACUUCUCCCCGAACCUCGUCUUGUCGGAUGGCAGCAAGCGGCCCUGGGUCGUGAAUCCCAUGGGCAUCGAGCGCUCUUUCCCGGCCUGGGCCAUUGCUUACGCGAUACUGCCAGCAAUUGGUUUCGCCGUGCUGGGAUACCUGGACCAGAACCUCACGUCUGUGAUCGUGAACAGGUUUGUCAGGGGAGCUUUGACGCUGCCCGUUUGCGCCGUAUUGGGCCUGCCUCUGUCGGUGGCCUCGACGGUACCUAGCAUCACCCACGUGAUCUCGCUGACCACCUAUGAGGUGAAGCAGCUGCCGGAGGGCGAGCGCAAGGUACCGAGCAAGGUCGUGGAGCAGCGCGCGACGAAUUUUCUGAUUCACGUGCUUAUUGGCUGUGCGCUCUUCCUGGCGCCGGCGCUGAAGUUCCUGCCGCGGGCCGUGUUGCAGGGCGUGUUCUUCUACAUGGGCAUCGCAAGCUUGACCGGCAACAACCUUUUCGACCGCCUCUUCCUGUGGCUAAUCUGGGACCCGGCCAAGUACCCACAGUACCACUACAUCCAGAAGCUCCCCAUCCGCCGCGUGCACCUCUACACCCUGGUGCAGGUGGUCUGUCUGGGCAUCUUGUACGGUCUCAAAGCCAUCAAGGAGACUUCCGUUGUCUUCCCUUUCUUCAUGGCUUCCCUGGCCAUCAUCCGGAAGGCCAUGCGCUUCCUCUUCACGCAGGAGGAACUGGAGCUGCUGGACAGCCUCCCAGCUGAGGAGGAGGACGGCAAGGGGCUGAGCCCGGAGCAGCCGGACUUGGUCAACCUCGAGAAGUCCAAGGAGAACGAUGAGGGAGAGCCCGCGAAGGCCACUAUGGGGGUCUGA